CAAGUGCAACCCUUUUAAAUGUAAGACACAGAGAAAGAAUGGGACCAUUGCUCAUUUGAGAGAACUCAAAAGUUUGGGGCAGAGACAGAGGGAGAGAACUGAACAAGGACUUGCAGAAUCUUCAAAGCCAACAACAACAGCCCCAAGAAAAAGUGACGGCUCGAACAUGAUCUUUCUCUUCUCCUCUUGGGACCAAAUUAAGGUCAACGGGAAGGACAUCUCCAAUGCCACCAUGCAGGAGGCUCUAGAAAUACUCCAGAGCACGGACGACCAAAUCACGCUGGAGGUGCAGAGAGAGAAGUCCUCCCGCAAAGCGCCCCAAACAACCGAUGCUGCAACCCAGACUGACUCCAGCUGGUGGGAUAAGCAGUGCCCACACAGGGAGGAUUUCACCCCAUCGGGUUUUAAUCUCUUCCUUGACAGGUCCUGCUACAAUUACUUGCUGCCCCAAGAUCGGAAUGGUGACAAUGAACCCGGUUACCUGCCGACUGCCCCUCAUGACGUGGAAAACGAAGAAUGGUUGGACUAUCAGGAACUGGCCCUCGUUCAUCAAAAGGAGCUGAGCUUCAGCAGCUGUUCUACUAUCCCUAAAGAUAACUACAGCAUCUGCUUGAGCUUGACCGAAGAGGAAGAGGAGGAGGAUGAAAAGGGAGGAGAGCAGACAUUUCCGCUCCCCCGCGACUGGGACAGUGGAGUUGGCUGUACUGAUGGAAGCGCCCAGCUGGAUGAGAAUUCAGGACCCGAUCUGGAUGCUGAACACCCCUAUGUCCAGAAGAGGGAGGAGGCAGAUCACCGUGCUGGCAGGACACUUGCAAGUAGUGAGCUAGCUACUGAGGAGUUCUUAACCUACGAUGAGUUAAGUGAUUCCAGUUUCUAUGGGGUAAGCCCAGGAGAGUACAGGAGAUUUCAAGAAAUCUUGGAAAGAAAAUGCCACCAAUAUCAGCUGGUUAAGAGUCUUACUACAGACCAAGGAACGUCACAUGCUUCAGGAGCCCAGGAGGAAGGGUCUGAGCAAUCCACACUGCAAGACCAAUGGCUUGCUAAGUAUCCUUUGGGCCAGUCUCGCGCAGAGUGCCCUCCGCUGGUUGGAGACAGCGCCACGAGCAAAGAAAAAGGGACAAACCACAAAGCUGGACUUCAUCCUCAGAAUGCAGUGAAUGGAGUCCGAGAACAAGCAAAUGUGGAUAAAUCAACAGAAGGGCAGAAGGAACCAGAACCAGUUUCUCUUACACCUGCGAACAUUGCUACUGGGCCAAAAGCACUUGUGAUUCCGUAUCAUGCACGCCGUUACGUGAGCUAUAUGAACCUAGUGCAGGAAGACGCCUCUGCAGAGUGCUUAAGCAACCAGCCUAGUCCAUCAAUGCUCUCACAUCAAUGCAGCAAAGGCAUCCAGGGCAAACUAGAUGAGGGGAACAGGUGGAGCCUAACCUGCAAAAGGAGCAGACAACUGUUGAAUAAACAGCACAAGAGUCAACUGUUAAAGGACAGGGCAUUAAGGAUUAUGGAGGAACGCAGUGGAAUGACAACAGAUGAUGAUGCCUUGAGCGAGCUGAAGGCUGGGAAGUACUGGAACAAGGCUGAGAGGAGGCAACACUUGCUCUUGUCUAAGCAGCAGAAACAAAGGAAGGAGUUCAUGGUGCAAAGCCGGAUGGAGCAGCUGAAGGAAGAUGACAGAACAGGGACUGAGGGCAGAAGAGAUCUUAGUAUUAUUGAGCUGAGUCAGAAGAAGCUGAUGAAGAAGAGAAGCAGGAGAGUCUUGGACAACUGGAUCACCAUCCAGGAACUUCUAUCUCAUGGGACCAAAUCUCUAGAUGGCAGGACAACGUAUAGCCCUUUGUUGUCAGUCACGACAGUGUAGAGCUCCAAUGUCUUUUUCCAGAGUGGAUAUCCGACAGUGCUCAGCAAAAUGUGGAUCACAGGUUUGUGACCAGCUCCACAUGCCUCUGACGCCCUGCAGUAAGCCAACAAAGUACACUGUAUUCUCAGUAACACUGGCAUGCAUGCACAGCCCUGGACUAUUAGAAAACAGAUACAGAAGAGGCGUCUAGUCUCCCUCUCCCUUCUGCCAGUGCAGGACUUUUCUCCCUACAAUGUGUUAUCUACUGAUUUUUCAGUUAAGUGACGGGGAUUUGGAGACUUCCCCCAGGAGAUUAAACCACAAUAUGGACAUCACAGACAAGAAAGUUUUCCUGGUACUCAGCCUAAGUCUUCCUUGCCUUCAUUUGCAUCUCAUAUCUACCCCCAGUGGUGACCCUGAAUUCCUCCUCCUCUCUAUUUACAUUCAUUUAUAUAGCCAAAUGGUAGCAACUCACAGGUCUUACUUUCAUCACUACCCUGGAGGACUAUGGAUAAAUCCUUGACCUACCAUAGUCCCACAAGGCCAGUUUUCAGGGCUAGCACAAGAGAGGAAAUGCUGCAAGUACAUUAAAGAAACCUCACACCUAUUAUUCCCCAAGCAUGGUAAUACAGUUUUUAAUUUUCCAGAGCUUGGGUUCUAGCCCUAUUUUUCUGAGAAGGCCUUUAAACUGAAGCAGCAUUGUUGCAAAUACAUCUGUGGAGUAAGUAGGAAUUUGCUCCAGCAAUUGAAACAAAGUAGUAACGGCCAGUCAUUUAUUAUAACCGUAUAAUCAAAGAAUUGACUUUUCAAAAGAGGUUGCAGCAUGCACACUCUCAAUGACUACCAAUUAAGAUACACAAGUCAAUGGAGCUGUGCCAAUUCCAACUAGCUGAAGACCUGGCCCUGUGUAAUUAAACAAUAUAUUUCAUACUGGCUUUUGUAGAAGAUGCUCUGCAGAGAACUUGUUUACUUUUGUAUUCAUCCCCCUCUGCCAUAAAAUAUCACAUUUUUAUAAAGAA